AUGCGUCUGUCGGUAAUCACUGUCGUUUCCCUGGCUACGAGCUCCCUUGCUCUCUCCCUCGGUAGCAGAGACGACGCAAAUGCCUUGGCUGCCGAACACGGCCGCGGCCGUGGAGAAGGCUGCCGCGCUGGCGAACGUCCAGGAGGCGGCGGCGGUGGUGGGAUGAAGAGGGACAAUGCAGACCCUCAGAUCGACAACCACUUCCCGGGAGGUGGUUUCCCGGGAGGUGGUCAUGGCGGUGGUAAGGGCCCCAAGGACUGCGACAAGCCCGACAAACCGAAGCCGAUGCCGCCGGGCCCGGACAAGCCUGGAGCAAGCGACGCGCCCAUGCCAAUGCCCAUGCCCAUGCCUAUGCCGCCGCCGGGCGGAGGUGACAAGCCCAAGCCGAUGCCUCCGGGUGGUGAAAACCCCCCGAAGACGCCGCCUGGACCUGACAAGCCCGGAUCAAGCGACAAGCCUAAGCCGAUGCCACCACCCGGCGAAAACCCCCCGAAGACGCCGCCUGGUCCUGACAAGCCCGGACCUGACAAACCUGGAGCUAGUGACAAGCCAAAGCCGCCCCCUGGCCCAGGAGGUGGCGGCGGCGGAGGCGGAAAGGGAGGUGACGACUGCAAGGGCGGCCGUUUGAGAGAUUGCAAGUCGUUCAAGUUCAUGGCGAAGGGCUCUGUUUCCGGCUCCAUUGGCCAGUUGGAAAGCGGACAGCUUAGAAUCGGACUUGAGCCGGCGACCAUGCACAUGGAAAAGGGGGAGGUCAACGAUGACAAGAAGCGAGGCUGCUGGUGGACUCCUCCCACGGAGACUCUGCAGUGUGACGUUGGCCAGAAGCCCGACUCUGGGUUCUCGGUUGGCUGCGACGGGCAGAUUACGUUCAAGAACCAGACCAAGUUCUUCCAGUGUGAGGCCGAGCAGCAGCAGUACAACGUCUAUAAGAAGGCUGACCAGGGUGCGAACUGCGCUGAGGUCAUGCUAUUUGCAAGUGGCUGCCGUGAAGGAGGCGGCGGCGGCGGUGGUGGAGGAGGAGGAGAAGGAGGAGGAAAGGGCGGCGACAAGCCUGGUGAAGGCGGCGGCAAAGGCGGCGACAAGCCUGGCGAAGGCGGCGGUAAGGGCGGCGACAAGCCGGGCGGAGGGAAGGGAAAUCCUUCUCCCCCGAACAACGGCACGGGCAUGCCAGGCAUGCCGGGCAACGGGAACCCGCCUGAGAUGCCGCCUGCGAAGCCUCCCAAGUCUAGGUUUAGGUUUUUGCAGCGUCUUUGA